GUUUAACUUUUUCUAUAAAUGUGAGAGGCAAGCUAAUGAUCAACAUCACUCGUUUCACAGAAGAAAAAAAACAAAGAAAGAAAGAACCAAAAAAUAUGAUGCAUUCUUGUACUCAAAGAAAGAGAAUGAUAUGGAGCUUGUGUUUAAUCUUCUAUCUUUCUAAUUCAAUACUUGUGUUUGCUUCUCAUGCUAAGCACUUGUGUCGUCCAAACCAGAGAGAUACUCUUUGGGAGUUCAAGAACGAGUUCUAUGUCGAAGGGUUCCAUUCUGAUGGGACGCCGGUUGAUAAGAAGACAAAGAGUUGGAGAAACAACACUGAUUGUUGUUCUUGGGAUGGUAUCUCUUGCAAUCCUAAAAAGGGCUUGGUGGUUGAGCUAGACCUCGAGGACAGUUUUCUCAAUGGCCCUUUAAGAUAUAACAGUAGUCUGUUCAGACUACAACAUCUCCAGAGCUUGAAUCUUGGCAACAACAAUCUCUCGGGUAUUCUACCAGAUUCCAUCGGCAAUCUCAAAUAUCUGAAGGUUUUAAGUCUUGGUCGUUGCAACUUCAUUGGGAAGAUUCCUUCUUCACUUGGAAAUCUUUCUUAUCUCACUAAUCUUGAUCUUUCUGUUAAUGGUUUCACCGGUGAGCUACCAUAUUCAAUGGGAAGCCUAAUCAAGCUAACAGAGUUGGAUCUUAAGUCGACCAAGCUCAGUGGAAAAUUUCCUAAUGUGCUACUCAAUUUGAGCGAGCUCACCUUGAUCAACCUUGCUUCUAACGAGAUGAUAAAAUUUGGUAACAGCGGUGGAUAUGUGUAUUAUCUAAGGUGUUGCAUC